AGAAAAGAAAUAAAAUAAAACAAUUUAUCUCUACAUAUUAGUUUCUGAUCGACGAGCUCUUUAUUAAAACGUAUUUAUAAUAGUGUGUUAAGUUGGAUAUUAUUACUAGUUACUACGUUUAUCACUCAUUGUUCAUUAAGUAUUUGGCUUGGCAUCUUAAUAUAAGGUGCUCAAAAAUAUCGACUGAACUAAAAAUGCUUCCAAUACAUAUUCGAAUAAAUAAACGCACGCUACGAAUGAAAUUUCAUUAUUUUCUUUAUAUGGGCGGUGUUGCGUCAGUUCAAGGAUUUGCACCUACAAUAGCGAAACAACUAGGUUAUUCUCCAAUGGUAGUCGGUUCUGUUUUUACAUACUUGUCUAUGCUAUCCUUUUUUGUGAAACCUAUUAUAGGAAUUAUCGUUGAUAAAUUUCGCGUAAAAAGAAUAAUGUUUCUUGCUUGUGUUUUAUUAUGUGGUCUUACAGCGUUCGCUUUAAAAUUUGUUCAAAAAAUACCCACCGAAGCUGUUGCGAAUUUAAGUUGUAAUACAACAACAGAAUUACACAUUUGUUCAUCCAAUGACGACCAUUUGCCUCAAUGUGAUGAUAGUCUAUUUAAGCUAAUGAAAAAUAGUACAGAACCCAUCGAAUGUCAAUUACAUUGUGAUCAAAAUGAAUCGUUUCGGGACGAAAUUGAUAGAUCUUGGAAUAUUAUCGGUUAUAAUGUAACUCCAAAUAUUACGUAUAAAAACAAUGAACUCAAGUAUCUCAAUGUAACUUUGAUUAUCAAUGCAACAGAUCAGAUCGAACAGAACUAUGUUUUUCAAGUGAAAUCAGUACAUAUUAUGAAAACACAAAUUGUAUUACCAUUUUGUAAGAAACCGGUUAGUACUCGGUGCAAAAUGAACUGCUCGAACGAUGUCAUGAUGGAAUUGGCAAGUGUUCAAAAGUUUGAAGGAAGUAUUUUUGGCUUACAUCAGUUCUGGAAAUAUUUAAUUGUUAUGAGCUUAUUUUGGAUUAGCCAAGCAAUCACUUGGAGUCUACAAGACCCUAUAUGCUUUGACAUUUUAGAUGAUAAGCCUGAAGAUUUUGGCAAACAAAGAUGUUGGGGAUCCAUAAGUUGGGGACUUUUCUCUGUUUUUGGCGGAGUACUUGUUGAUUAUUUCAGUAAUAGUAAUUACCAAAAAAACUACGUUCCAAUUUAUUAUGUAUGCCUUAUAAUAAUACUAUGGGAUUUUGCCUUGGCUCGUAAAAUAGAAAUAACUGAGACAGUUGGAUCUAAGAAUACAUUUUCAGACGUAUUCAAAUUAAUAACUAAUUUCAAUGUUAUAAUCUAUUUGAUAUGGAUUAUAGUGAUGGGAAUUUGCACAUCAAUGCCAUGGAAUUAUCUAUUUUGGUACAUGGAGGACUUAACCCAAAAGUAUCACAGUGAUAAGCAAUCUUGGAUAAAAACUUUACAAGGUUUGGCUAUAGGCAUUCAAUGUAUUGGCGGUGAAAUGCCGUUCUUAUUUUUUUCCGGUUGGUUGAUCAAACGAAUUGGUCAUACGUAUUGCAUGGUCUUAGGUCUUUUCACUUUUGCUAUUAGGUUUUACUUGUAUUCUAUUAUAACUAACCCUAUUUGGAUACUGCCAGUCGAAUUCACUAACGGAAUUACAUUUGGGUUGUGUCAUGCCGUCUUAGUAGCAUAUGCUAGAUUCAUAGCUCCGCAAAGUUCUGCCACAACAGUAGUAGCGCUAUCGGGAGCUUUAUUCGAAGGUGUCGGUAUUUCUUUUGGUGGUGUGGUCGGUGGAUUUUUGUACCAAACAUAUGGAGGAGAGCGAUCAUUUAAAUUAUUUUCCUAUGGCUCAUUAAUAAUGGGUAUUUUGCAUGUAAUGUUUAUUAAGUUCACUGUUAAGUCGAAUUAAUAUUAAAAAGAAAUAUUAAUUUUGUAAAUUAAGCUAAGUACCUAUUCAGUUAUUGAGAUUUUUCCAAGUAAUAAAUGUAAAUAAUUUGAUAAUGAAAAAAAUUAAUUGUUAAAAUAAACUACAUCAUUAUUUCAUUUUCUAGAAACUUAUCUAAGUUGUUAACAUAUUUUUAGAUUGCCAUGGAAUGAUUUUCCAAUA